UCCAUUUCUCUUCGAAAACGGACGAUAGCCAGUUCGGUUAAUCGGACUUUUUUUCUCUGUCGCUGCGCGUUAUGGAACGUUGAUCGAGCAACAAUCACCCGCGACCAUUGAUUAUUCCAUUCGCUGUUCUUCGGUCGCACGAAUUCCACCGAAUCUGAAACUGUGAUUUACGGCUUCGUUGAAGCCCAGCAGUGUUUCAAUUGUGCCCACAGAGUACAUCGUCGAACGUCGGUUCGAAUGAACUAAUUAUACCCUCGUAUGGAGUAAUCGUUCCAUAAGAUAUUUGCAAUUUGUACGAUCCGGCUCGCAGUCGUCUUGUCUCCGCAGAUAAGUAUGCAACACCCGAAGUAUAAUUUUGCUCGGCACGGUGAGAAAGAGAAACUGUCGGCGAAGGCGUUUAAUAAAGAAAAUGAAGAUACAAGAGAAUUACAUAAGAUGAAACAGACUCGGCCGUGCCACAAUGUGCUAUAAUGAAGCGGUAGACUAUGUACGGUGUGUCUAAAUAUACGGUGCGAACUACAAAAGCGCGAUCGUUCGUACCAGAGUAUAGUGAACCGUGGGGUUUUCUCUGUUUUCUGGAAUAUCGAGUUUGAAAAUCCUCCGGACACGUGCGACUGUCUGCGAUUGGCUACCGCGUACGAUCAGGCACGUUCGCGGAGCGCGUUUGGCUACUGUUUCUACAUACGUAUAAAGACGUCAAAAACAUCCAAGCUUUUGGAGGCUUGACCAAUGGAAUCCCAAAAUGUUUGCGACAUUUGCGGGGAGCUUGCGACUCAUAAGUGUAGUGCCUGUGAAAAUGUUUAUUACUGUUGCAAAGAACAUCAGAAGAAGGGUUGGAAGAAACACGCUAAGAUCUGCAAACCAUACAAGUUAACAGAAGACCCGGUUCUGGGUCGCCAUUAUGUGGCCACAAGAAACAUCAAAGCAGGAGAAAUCAUUAUCAAAGAGGAGCAGCCUCUGUUCACCGGCCCCAUGUUUAAUUCCGUUCCCGUGUGUUUGGGAUGCUUCGUCGCGCUGCAGAAAGAUAGCGCUGUACCUUGCCCAAAAUGCGGAUGGCCUCUUUGUCCGAGCUGCAAGCAGCACGGAUUGGAAUGUGAUUUCACUUCGUCUCGCAGAACUGAAAAGGUAUCGAUCACAGAAUUCGCCAUCUCACACCCAAGUUACGAAUGUAUAAAUGUUAUAAAAACAUUGUCUAUGAAGCAUGCUAAUCCAGAAACGUAUAAAAAAUUGUUAUCGCUUGAGAGUCACACCGAUGAUAUUAUUGAAAAGCAGAGCUUCACUUUUGAGGCGACAUUAAAAAUUAUGCAUUUCAUCAGAAGAUUUUUCAAAUCGGACGAUAUAGCCGACGAAGAAAUUACAAGAAUCGUUGGAAUCCUGCAGGUUAACGGGCACGAAGUUCCACUUACAGAACCUCCACACCUUGCAGUUUACGAGUUAGGAUCAUUAAUCGAGCACAAUUGCAAAGCAAACUGUUCAAAAAGCUUCACGGAUAAAGGUGGCUUGAUUAUUCACACCGCGACGCCUAUAGCAAAAGGAGAUCAUAUUUCCAUCUGCUACACAGAUGCGUUAUGGGGUACUGUAAAUAGGAACCACUAUCUGUACCAUACAAAAUUUUUUUAUUGCAUCUGCGACAGAUGCAAGGACCCUUCUGAAUUCGGCGUAAUGUUUAACGCCUUAAAAUGCAAGAAAAUAGAUUGUCCUGGAUACGUUUUGCCAGAAACAUUCCUCGGAACAGAACCAAAACCUUACAUAUGCGGAACCUGUAAAUUAUCGAUGAGCCACGAAGAGGUGGAACAAAUUUUGGAAAGGGUUGGCACAGACCUCUCGAGAACAAAGAAAAACAACAUCGCCGCAUGCCACGAAUUUCUACAACAUUACAGGGACAUUCUACACCCUAAUCAUUUUUACAAUGUCGACAUUAUUAUUGCUUUGUUUCAAAUGAUUGGACAACAAGGGGCAGAAACGAUGACUGAUAAUCUCCUGGUCGAAAAAAUCGAACUGUGCAAGAAGCUCGAUAAUUUACUCCGAAUCAUCGCACCUGCUGAAAAUCGACUUCGAGGACUUCUUCUUUUCGAGAUCCAUGUAGCCCUUGCAGAAUUCACUAAGAGACACCUGGAAGAAGACACUUUAAUGUUAUUAAUGGAAUCAAAGAAGUGUUUACUUGAAUCUUAUGAACUAUUGAAAUACGAGCCGAAAGUACUACCGGAAGGAAUGAUUGCGCACCAAAUUAACUUCAACCUACAAAAGAUGAAUGCAGUUUUAGAACAUCUUAAUAUCAAAUCCUGAAACAACGAUUCAUAGCAAUCUGGGGAUAACUUGACAUUUUGUGCUACUUUUUAAACAUUUAUUUCACAUUGUCUAAAGUUUAGACAAAAUAAUGCAAAAAUGAUAAUUUCUAAAUUGAAAUAAUGGGGCAUAACAAAUCACUUUAUAUAUUUAAACCAAUACUUUUAGAAGAUUAUUUUGAACAUAAGCGUUCCAUGUGUAUAUCCUAGAUUAUAUGCAUUCUACAAUUCUCAAUAGAACGUUAUUUUGUGUGAUUGCAAAACGUUAAAUAUAUUUAAAUAUAUUUAUAAGUUAAUUUUUAAGAAUUAAUUCCUAAAAUUUUAAAAUUGAUUCUUGUAAAUUUUCAGGAGUGACACAAAUAUAAAUCAGAAAAAUAAAAUCGUAGAAAUAAUUUAUAUAAAAAAAAGACGUUCUUGGAAACCGUAAUGCCAUGGUUGUAAGAGUAUAAAGUGAUGUUUCAAUUGAUAAAUUAUAAACUAGUUUUAAAAAAUGGCUUUCUGUUUUUUUUCUCGUUUACAGUCACCGUUGCUACCCCCCAUAUGUGGGGGUAGCAUGAGUUGUCACUCUUCAUUUUCCGAUAACUCGGUAUAUCCCUUAUUCAACUGUAUUAUCACAUGAUCAUUCAAAACAUUGUGAAAAUCUCUACUGGUUUGAUUACUCGCAUACUGUUUCCAUUUUAUAGAAUCGGUGGGAAAAGUUCUUUCCCUAGGUAUUUCAUCAAAUAUGGAGAAUCAAAAGCAGCAUUCUGCUUUUUUACUACCGAAAAGGUACUGUUCAAGCAAAAAAAUAUUGUGUGAUGUGUAUGGAGAAGAUAGUUGUUCUGAAAGUAAUUUCGCUUUUGCAAAAUAUGCCGAAAAUGCUGCUUUUGAUUUUCCAUGUUUGAUGGAAGACCUACAAAACAAUUGCACAGUAUCAAACAAAAUUUUUAACGAAUAAGCUUUGAGAUAUCAGCUGUCAAAAUAUAUGAGCCAUUUAUUUUGAAA